AUGGGCGACUUGAGUUCUCAGGCCCAUGAGGACCUCUUCGUCGAAACACCUCCUGCACCUCCUGAGCAGGAGCCGGCAAACAGCGGUGUCCGCACUACAAACUACCCUGCGAUCAAGAAUGGCCCGCUCCCUGCCGACGUUGCAGGUGCAGAAUCCUUCAACAAUAUCCUCCUCAUCGGUUUCCUCAUUGCCGUCCCAUGGUACAUCGCCCGCCAAUUACAUGGCGGGUUGUGGACAACGCUUUUCCUCGCAAUCUUUACCUCCAUCCCCAUUCUCAUGCUUUUCUGGACCGUCGCAAGCACGAUAUCUCCCCGUUUGAAUGAGAAGGCCAAGUACCCGGGGCUUCCGGUGGAGCACUACCUCGAGUUUCACAGCCAGGAAGAUAAAGACAAGUACUACGGCAAGAACAAGAUCCCCAUGGAGACCUUCCACGAGAUGUACUUUGACCAAAAGGUCUCCUUCAAGGGCGACUGCCUGCAAGCCCUGGAGUACCGUCACGACUGGGCCAGCUUCAGAUUCACACUCUCGCUGUUCUACUUCUUCUUCACAGGCAUGAUCCCCGAAGCCCUACUCCACACCCGCAGCCAGGACGAAGAACAAGUAAGAGACCACUACGACAGGGGCGACGAUUUCUACGCUUGGUUUCUCGGACCCCGUAUGAUCUACACCUCCGGCAUCAUCAGCGACAUACACCGCGAAGAAACACUCGAAGAACUUCAGGACAACAAACUAGCGGUGGUGUGUGAGAAGAUCGGCAUCCAGCGAGGCGACACACUGCUUGACAUCGGCUGCGGCUGGGGCACGUUGGCCAAAUACGCGAGCGUCAACUACGGUGCCCACACCACGGGCGUCACCCUCGGACGGAACCAGACGAAAUGGGGCAACGACGGCCUCGCCUCCGCCGGCAUCCCAGACUCGCAGUCCCGCAUCCUCUGCAUGGACUACCGCGACAUCCCGCAGUCGCCUCCCAAUCACCCCGCCGGGACGAAAUACAAGAAGAUCACCUGCCUCGAGAUGGCCGAGCAUGUCGGCGUGCGUCACCUGGGCAGUUUCCUCCGCCAGGUCAAUGACAUGCUGGACGACGACGGGGUUUUCUACCUACAGAUCGCGGGUCUUCGAAAGUACUGGCAAUACGAGGACCUGGUCUGGGGUCUGUUCAUGAACAAGUACAUUUUCCCCGGUGCCGAUGCGUCCACGCCUUUGGGUUUCGUGAUCGACAAGCUCGAGGGCGCGGGCUUCGAAGUCAAGAGUGUGGACGCCGUAGGCGUGCACUAUUCCGCGACCUUGUGGCGAUGGUACCGGAACUGGCUAGCCAACGCGGAUAAGGUGAAGAACAAGUAUGGUGUGCGGUGGUAUCGGAUCUGGGAGCUCUUCCUUGCUUGGUCGACCAUCAUUGCGAGACAGGGCAGUGCGAACUGCUUCCAGAUCGUGCUCGUCAAGAACAUCAACAGCACGCAUCGCAUUGAGGGGAUUGAACAGCAGUUCGGGUUGAGCGGCGCGCUCAAGGCCGGGAAGGAGAGGCUGAAUGGCCAGAAUGGAGGUGCUGCGAACGGACACCUGAAGAACAUGGUCAAGAGUGCGUUGACCGAUUGA